UAAUAGAUCACAGUCACCCAAGCGCAGAUCAGGGUAAACAAAGGGCCUUGUUGAUGCUGAGGAUCUAAGAUGCUGCGGCUUUUUGCAUUAUUUGCUCUUUUACAAAUAGGGUUAAGUACAGAUGAUGAGUUAAUUGUUACUGUAAAGAAUCUUGUGUCUCUUGUGGGAAGCAACGCAACCUUCAGAUGUAUUAUCAAGAAGAACACUACAGACGGAAUGGAAAUGAUUGAUGGCCCAGAAAAUAUUGAAUGGUCUUUUACACCAGUUGGAUCAAAUGCUUCUGUAGUGAUACUAAAUUUUGCUGAACAGAACAGAACAAAUGAUGGUUUAGUCGGCAGUAGUACAGUCAAUAAGUCUGAUUUCAAAUAUCACAAGGAGGUUUGGCCAGAUAUCACUAUACAUGAGUUGACAGUAUCAGAUGCAGGCACAUACACAUGUAAACUGAUGUCAGAACAGACUGCAUCUGCUCAACUAUAUAUUUUAGAUACAAUUCCUGUCUGUACCAAGAGCAAUGAUGGUCCAAUCUACUAUGAAGGGGACUCUGUGACCUUGACAUGCACAAUGGGUUUCCAUGGUAACCAGAAACCAAAGUUAGAUUGGACUUUACCCAGAUGGCAUGUGGAUUAUGAUCAUUUGAGGUUCAAACAAGAAAACUCGGCUAACUUGGUUUCCUCAAGUGUCACCCUUGGCUUACAACAUAUGAUAGAUGGAAAGCUGUUUACAUGUUCUGCCUCAUUUGUCAACAUAUCUUCAACAUAUAAUUGUACAACCAUGUUCAAACCAGAAAGUGUUCAAUAUGUUCCCUACAUUUCACACUUGAGAACUUUCCCUCGGACAGAAGAACACAAUCACCAGACAGAAGAAGGCUCGAACAUUACAUUGGCUUGUGAAGCUCAUGGUAACCCUCGACCUGACUGGACCUGGAAAUUCUUCCCCAAAAAGGUGAAUAAGUCGAAAGUUCUACCAUGCAAAUUUGUUACUUGCCGAUUGAGUUACCUAACUACAAUGGAUACUGGAUCCUAUCAAUGUAUCGUCUCAAACACAGUGAAAGGUGUUGACCGUUCUGCUACACAGACCUUAUAUCUGAAGGUCAAUGGCAGAGGUGUAACUUCUACUGCCGCACCAGUCAGUGUUGAAUACAAAAAAGAUAAAGGCUUUUCACCAUAUGCAAUUGGGGCGAUUGUUUGCGCCAGCCUGGCAGUGAUCCUUAUUAUUGUCUUCAUCCUACUUGCGUUGAAAAUGAGGAGACGAGAACAUAUGUUACAUGAACGGUUAACAAGAAUGCAUGAUGAGAACCUUGAUGACCAGGAGGUUGAACUUCUUGAUGAAAAUAUACAGCCGGAUAACUCCGAACUGCCAGCAGAGUACGGAAGACUAAAACAGCAGUGGGAGAUAGCGAGAAAAGAUAUACGAUUAGUUGACCUUAUUGCUAAGGGAUCAUUUGUUGAAGUGUGGCGAGGACGUAUGAGAAAAUAUCCAAGGCGAAAUGAAAUUAUGAAAGUUGCAAUAAAAAGAAUUGUAUCUGAAGCGACGGAGAAAGAAGAGAGGCGAUUUUACCUUGCAGAACUAGAAGUGAUGAAAGCUAUACAACACACCCAAAUGUCUUGCUUUGAUGGCUGUUCACGGGAAGUGGAAGUUAUAGUUCAAGUGCUUUUAAAUGUAAGGACACGAUAA